UCCAAAUAGGGAAGAGAGAGGAAGACGAGACUGUCUGUCGCCAAGCGGGAGAAGAGAAAAGUUAUCAGAAAGAGGGGAAGGACCGGCGUUCGGCGACGUCGAAAGGUCCGGCGAUCGGAUGGUUGGAAAUCUUCAAUUGAUUUGUCUACAAACGAGGACUUGACUGACAACCAAGAAGAACGAGGUGAAGAGGAAGGAUUGAAUCUCGGUGGUUCUUUUGUUGCCUUCUUUUUUCUCGUUAUGAUUUGAAGAUUUGUUUGAAAGAGAGAGGUUACUGUGAUUCAAAUCUCAUCAGAAGUUCCAUCAAAUCUCUAAUCGCGUGCGAUUUUGAUUUAAAACAAAAACAGGUAUUGAAAAACCCUAGUUUUUGAUUUUUACGCUUUGUUUGUGGUUAAUUUUCCCUCGAGCAUAGGAGAUUUUGUGCUUCGAAAUCUACGAUUCGCUCUGGAUUUGUUUGAUGUACCUCAUUUAUUGUCGGCUGCGAAAAGGAUUGAAAAUCCUCUAUGACUGAGCAGGAUUUACUUUUGACGAGCACAACUGAAGGAUUAGGGUUUUUCAAGGGCCAUAGUGGAUCAUGAGAUGUGAUUUCUGGCGGAGAUUCCCAUAUAUUAGUCUUAGAAACAAGCUAUAUAUCGCGAUAUAUCACCGUUUCUUGUGAUUAUCAACAUUACUGAAGCCUUAGUUUUCUGCUAAAGCGUGAGAUCUACUCGGCUUUUGGAGUUUUGAGAUGAAACAUUGAACGCAAUACUGAUCUGCUUCUUAUGUGACUUUAUAUGCAUGACAAAGGCAGUUGUGCCGGCUGGCUUCUAUGUAACUACAACGGAAAUGGAAUAAUUAGAUUUUAGGAAUCACUCUCGAUUUGCAGGAGCAAAAUGGUGACUGAGAAAGGUGUUAAUUUGUCUUCUAAACUUGUUGCUUUUCAAUCGGGACAUGAUAUCUCAUGUUUGUUUGAUUCUGUCUACAUGCUUUGCAAUAUAUGGAGCCGCAUAUACUUUUAUGCUGGGGAUUAUAAGCAAUUGAAAUUUUGUUCUAGAACAGAGGAAGGUAGGGGGAGGCUUUGUUGCUUAGAUCCUUUUUGGCCUGGGCUUUUAUUCGAAAAGGAAAAUUGCAACUGGAUUCAAGAUUAGGAGGGGUUGUGAUAUCUUCCAUAAUGGGUUCUGAUGUUUCGGAUGCACUUUGGCAACCUUUGGUUACAUGAUGGAGUAGAACGGGAUCUUAUGAAAUGACAGCUAGUCAAAAUGCGGAAAGCAACCUUUAGAUAAAAAUUACAUGCUCAGUUACACUCGUUUUUGGGUGUUAACUCUAUGUAGUUUGAAUUGUGAACCCUUCCUAGUUUCUUUAUGUUUUAUUGCUCUUAAUUAUAUGGUUGUGAAGAAGCCUGGUUCCAAGUAUAAGGAACCCAGUAUGUUCAAUGCCACAUUCACAAUUGAUGGAGCAUUUGCUGGCCUUCAAAACUUGUUAACACAUUCUGCCUCAAGGUGAUAAAAUUAAGGUGGCAACUAAAGGCUAAUGUUCCUGUGAUCUGUUCAGGGAAUUUGUUCUGCUAAUUGGUGUGACAAUUGUGCAACUGAUUUAGCAGUAUGAUGAGUACAGUGGGUGUGGAACAUGCAAAAUUUGUAAAUCCUGACUUGACUUGGAAGACGGUGACCAAGGGAAACAGGAGUGUGACUAGGCGCACUAGGAAACAAGUCACUGGAAGUACAAUUGGGGUAAUGGAGGCAACUAAUGGCUGUGCAAGGGGGGCUGAGAGCACAACAGUUUCGGAAUCUGAGAAGGUUGGUGUUGCUGUCCUUGGACGGCGCUUCACAGACAAAGUAGAGCAGUUACCAAUAAAGAAACGAAGAUUUGUAUUUCGAUCUCCAUCACCUCCACCACUACGGACUCUCUCUGCACAUAUUGAAAUUCCUGAAGAUUUUGUACUACCUUGUCAACAGGCUUCAGGCCGACCUUGUUGGAACUCGAACUUUGGGAGAAAGCCAUCAAGAACUGAGAUGCUUACAACUGAGAAACUUGAUGGUGUUGGAGACUUCUCUGGUAUUGAGAUGCUUGCAACUGUGGCUUGUGAUAGUGGUGUGGUUGAUGGUAUUGACUAUGCAGAGGGAAAUGACUCGGCAGGAGAAUCAACAGAAGGAGAACCUAACUCAUUGGCUUGUUCUAUUCCUAUGGAAGAAAAUAAUGUAUCUCUAGAGACAGCUUCUCUCUCCAUUAAAGAUAUAAUGUGCGAAGAUCAUGUGGAAAAUUCAGCUUUUCAGGAAAAUUGUGCCGCUGUCUCGCGCAAACCUUCUGCUGAUCAGGAUGACAGAAAGGUUGAAAAGUCUGGGUCCCCAAGAGAUGACAGGUCCCAUUGGGAUUUAAAUCUGUCAAUGGAUGCCUGGGAGCAACCUUCUACUGUUGGCCAAGAUGAUUGCCAAAGGUUUGUAAGAGAUUUCUCUGCAAACAGGACCAGAGCACUGCAGGUUCCGCAAGAUUGUGAGGUUCAGAAGGAGUCUCUUGGUGAUAACCAUGAUACAUUUGAAAAAACUGCUGCAUCUGAUCUGCCAAAUAAUGUUUCUAGUUUGACAGAGUUAAUAGACUUGCCUGGUCAGCUAAAUGGUUUUGAUAGAGAGGAACAUAAAUUUGAAGGAUGUGCUGAUGUUUCCAUGAACCAUGAUGGAUGUGUUCCAACACCAGUAGGUAAUUCUGAGGAGCCUUCUCUCUCAUUCAUUAUUGAUACUGAUGGAUCGACACAGGUUGGAAGCAUGGAUCCAUGUGUUGAUUCUUCCACCUGCCCUAAUGUUGGAAGUGAGAAAUUAUAUGAGGAAAAUAAAAGUUCACCCAGUAAUGCUAAUGUUAAUGAGGGGACUGAAGUUGGCAAACUCUUGUGUGCAGAAAAUGUUCAGGUGGAAGAGUCUGAUGUUGCAUCUCCCUUUGUGCCAGUAAUGGAGAAAGUUACAUGUGAGAUUGACAGGCCUACUCUCGAUGGGGAUGGUGGCUUAAAUGUUGAGAAGGGUUGUGAUGAAGAGAUCACAGGGAGUCUCCACUCUGUCAGUUCUGCAAUGAAUAGGGAUUCUAUACAAUGUCAUUUGCAUUCUUAUAACGAUUCUUUUAGUUCUGGGCGAUUGAGACCAAAAAGUGUUAUUGAGAGCCGUGAUGGGGAAUUGAGGGAAACAAGUCCAUGCUGGGAGGAAAAUGAUUUUGAGGGUGAGGAAAUUGAACAGGUGAACUAUGAGUCUGAUGAAGAGAAAUUAUGUCACACAGCAGAAAUUAGUGAAACAAAGAUGGGGGUUGAGAAAAAAGGACAUGGUUCAGAAUCUGAGGACAUGGUUAAGAAAACUGCAUCUGUCAUCGGAGAUGCUUUGAGAGGGAGCUCAGCAGGAUCCAUGGAAAUGGCUGAUGCCAGCAAGAUAAAGAAGAAUGCUGUUGUUUGUAGAGAUGGUUCUGAUGUCAAGUGUUGUUCUUCUAGAUUGGUUGAAUUGAAGGCAUCCAAGAGGGAGAUGCUUCCAAGGGUUGAUGAGCCAUUAUCCUCUGAUGGCAUACAGAGGAGCAGGUCUGAUGUUUUUGGUGAUUCAUGUCGCCGGGAUGAAAGGGAUGUUGGCUCUGACAAAUUCAUGGGAAGAGAUAGAUCUGCUUUACAUGUGCGUGGCAGAAGCCCAGGAGGUGGUCAGUUUGUCAGUUCUCCUAUGGGUUAUUGGGAUUCUAGACGACGUCAUUCACCUAUUUAUAGCAGUUCUUAUGAUGUCGGACGCCCCAGACCCAGAAGUGUUAUUGAGAGUCAUGUCGGCUCAGAUACUACUGUAUCAGGAUCUGCAAGGGUUUCUGGACCUGACAACAUUCGAAGGCAAUUCUUAACCUCUUCAUCAAAUGGUGUUUACCGGGGCCUAGGGAGGAGAUCAUCUCUGGCAAACCCAGAUGACACAAAUGCUAUGCAUACUGGAAUUUUACAUGAAAGAGACACUAGUCCUGGUAGGACUAGGGUUAGAAGAUAUCAACAAGGAGCGAGUAGAGGUUUCAGAGAUAGAACCAUGCCUGAAGAUUCCACUGAAUUUUCUGGUCGCAUGCCUUAUCGGAUAGCAAGAAGAGAAAGAAGUAUCUCUCCCUUCAGUGGAGGAAGACUUAAUUAUGGUCAACCAUACAAGAAAUCUCGAUCAAGUUCGAGGGCUCAUUCCCCUAUUGCCUGGCGACGAACUAAAUCUCCGAAUUUUAAGCAGGAUCCUAGAAUGGAAAGAGUCAGAUUACCAUUUCAGAAGCGCUUCGCUUCAGAUUGUGAGGAAGAUUUGAUGUCUCCUCCAAGAAAUCGAUUCUCACCCCAUCGUUAUUCCAGGUGGUUUGAGGAUCGGAACCUGGAAAAUUUUAGGGGCAGGAAAUCACCUAUGAGAAUUUUUCGUCAGAGCCAAAGGUUUGGGCCAGCCCGAUCUGUUAGAAGACCGAACUCUGAUGAUUGCUUCAGACCCCUGAUACGAUCCAGAAGAUUUCCUGAUAUGGCUGGUGGUAGCAGGACAUGUAAAUAUGAAGGCAGUGAUGAUGACAAACAUGGGAACAGGUAUGAGAUGAUUCAUCCUGUGAGGCGUUUCGAAUCAGAUGGUGUUGUGCAAAUUUUCGAUACAAUGGAGAGAACUCCAAUGUGGGAAUGACUUCUGAUUUUGAUGACCGCAAAAAGGGUGCUGCUGGGAGGCCUGGGGUUGCACUAAGAUUAACUGGUGAAGAGAUGUUAUUUAAGAUACACAUAUGAAUAGAUGCAGUUCAUUUGCAGUAGUGAAAAGAAAUGCAUAGCUUGAAAGAAUUCCAUGUUGGCUGCAAUCUCUUAGCUUCCUGGUGGAUUAAAAUUUGUUCCCUCUCGAAUACAUUUAAUUUUCGUUCCGACAAAAGGAAUGUCAGGGGCUCAGAUCAAUUUUGUCUCUCAUGGUGUUCUUGGGUAACUUUUCUAUCCGGUCUCAGAAUUUUUUAGAGUUUCUGUAGGUCUGAUAGGGCACAUUUUUUUUUUUUUCUAUAAAUGUUUUUCCUUUUCCUUUUCUUUAAGAUCAUUUUCCUGAUGUUCUUUAGUUGUUUUCAGUAUCUACUUCCAUAUUAUGAUUAAUGAAAAAAAAAAUCAAAUGGUUUUUUUG